GCCUUCAAUGAGCGGGGACAGCCGCGAUGCGAGCAGCUCCUGGAGGAGGACACAUCGAACAUCGAUGCGUUGUCUGCUCUCGACCUGUUACCCCUGGACCUGAACUUGGAGCCGUGUUGCGAGGCUACUGUUGAGUCGCUUGGAGGUUGCUGCGCACGAGUCGUUUCUUGGAAUCUCCUUGCGCCUUCUUACUGCUCGGGAGCCUUCUUCAAGGACGUGGACCCGGAGGCUUUACGCUGGCCACGUCGGGCCACACAAAUAAAGAAAGUCCUCCAUUGCCUAGCCCCAACAAUCGUCUGCCUCCAAGAGGUAGAGCUUGACCGUCCAUUGGAGGAUUUGGGAUUGUCAGACUAUGCUGUUGCGUUUGUGCAGCGUCCCAAGCGGUUCAAUGGCUUGGACCGUAAAGACGGCUGCCUCAUCGCAUGGCAGCGCGAAGCUUUCAGGCUGAUCAGGCAGCAGCCGCUGUACUACGAUGAUUUUCCGCCCCCACAUGCUUGUCAGCAGGAUGAGGGCAAUCCAAGCGGGCAUGUUGCCUUGCUGGUGGAACUGCAGCCUACUGAUGCGCCUGAGGGCUGGACAGUGCUCGUUGCCACCACCCAUUUGGCUUGGAACGAUACGAGGGAAGAUUUACGAACGCACCAGGCAUUCGUACUCCUGCAAGCCGUUCUGAGCUACCAGAAUGACUACGCAAUCAUUUGCGGUGAUUUCAACAUGACGCCGCAGAGCCCGACACAUGGUCUCGUGAGCCAGUAUUUCCGCUCCGCUUACCAGGACUUGGAAAAACAAUGCGGCGAGUCAGGCGUUGUCACAACGACCAAUGCACUGGCCCGAAGUGGCCAGGGCUUUGCAGAGAUCAUUGACUACUGCUGGCUUCGCUCUCCAGAAGGCGCAGCCUACUGGGAUCCCUGGAAACAGCCCAGCCAGCUGGGACCCUGGGCAUGUCGGCGGCUUCGCCUGCCCUGCCGUGCCUGGCUUCGGUCCUUCUAUGGCGCUGCGCCCCAAGCACCGCUGCCCACGCUGCUUGCUUCAGGCCGCUGGCCCUCAGAUCACUUUCCCAUUGCGGUGGACGUUGUUUUCUGGACAGAGCCGGGCGAUGCGGGUACGUGA